UCUCCAGGUGCAGCCUCCUCCAUAGUGAACAUGCGUAGGAUCACCCAUUCGACAGUACAAGAAAUGCUGGCAGGCAAAGCUGUCCUCCCCUGUGUCUUCACCCUUCAGACCACCUCCACCAGCCAGCCUCCCCACCUCCUGUGGACUCGCAUCAAGCUGCCAGCAGGAGGACAGGAUGCUCCUCUGGAGCAGACUGUGCUCUCUGCUAAAGGUGAUGUAAUCAAGGUGAAUAAGGCUUUCAUUGGCCGUGUCAGGCUGCCAGGAUACACUGCCAAUCCCCUGAAUGCUACCAUGGAGAUCUCCAGUCUCCGUACCAACGACUCAGGCACUUACCACUGUCAGGUUGUCAUGGGUAACAACUAUGAGAGAGACACUGUGCCCCUGGUGGUCUCCGGUGUGGUGUUUCACUAUCAGGCUCCCAGCGCCCGUUACGCCCUCUCAUUUAAAGACGCCCAGCGAGCCUGCCAGGAAAACUCGGCUCAGAUCGCCACACCAGCCCAGCUGUGGGCAGCAUAUUAUGAUGGCUUCACCAGCUGUGCAGCUGGCUGGUUAGAUGAUCAGACUGUCCGCUAUUCUGUCCAGCUGCCAGAGCUUGGUUGCUAUGGAUACAAGGAGUACUCUGCUGGAGUGAGGAAUUAUGGGAAGAGGGACCCAAAAGAGCUGUUUGAUGUGUACUGUUUUGCAAAAGAACUGGAUGGUGAGGUGUUUCACUCCUCCGUCCCCGGCAGACUGUCACUGUCCUCAGCCUCAGACCGUUGUGUGUCCCUCGGGGGCCAGUUGGCUACUGUGGGGCAGCUUUAUCUGGCCUGGAGGGCCGGCCUAGACAGCUGCGCCCCAGGCUGGCUGUCUGAUGGCAGUGUCCGCUACCCAGUCAGCUGGCCUCGGCUGGACUGUGGAGGGAACCAGCCGGGAGUCCAUACUGUCACACCCAAUAGCACAACUGACAACAGCACAGCAGUCUAUGAUGCAUACUGCUACAGAGGUAAAGUGAAGAAUACAGGCUCCAUCUCUCAGAUCUACACUUCCAUGUGGAAGCCCUGGAGCUACCUCACAGGCUCAACUGAUGCCACAGGGACAGACAGUCCCAACCCGACUACACAGUACACCACUACUGCCAGAGGAUCCUCAGAUGGCAGCGAUAUUUCUCCCUCAAACUGGACAGGACUGGUCGACCUGGAAGAGGAGACCUCCAAUCAUAGUGCUGAUGCUUCCUCAGACCUCUGGUCCUCAGAGUCCUCAGAUUCAUAUGUGACCCUCCAGCUAAUCCCAGGACAGAGCUCCUUAGACUGGGGAGAGCCACUGGAGCCUGGUCCCGACUCUGAGGAAUUUCUCCUGCCCCCAGUCCACCCCACUCCCACUGAGAAGGCUAUCUCAAAAAUCGUCAAGUCCAUUUGGAAGCCUUGGAACUACCUGGUGGGGACUGGUGAUGAGGAGGGGACCCAUGCGCCAGGUGGACAGGUGGGAGAAGAGGAAACAACCACAAAAAAGACUGAGGAAGGGUCAAAUGAGUUCAAUACAGCAACACCAGGUGGGAUGCCGCAGGCAGGUUUGUUUUCUUGGGGGAGUUCAUGGUUCAGCAGUCCCUCGAGGAAGAACACAACAGCAGCCAGUGAAGAAUCACCCACUCGUCUGGCAUCUACGUUGGCCGCCUCCAGUAACUCUAUGACUACAGCGAGCGCCAAGAGCUGGGAGGCUUCCGAGACACAAACAUCCACUGCCUCCAGCCCCCAAUCUGAAAUCACCUCAUCCAGCGGAGAAACCUGGGUCCGUGUUGAAGUAGAGACCACAACCCAGCCGGGUGAAAAGAGGGAGGAGACGGUGACCUCUAGAGCCAGUGGAAGAGGAGGGAGAGGAAGGGGAAAGAAGAACAGAGGGGAGGACAGGGGCAGGGGAGAAGAGAGGGUGAGAGGAGAGGAGAAAGGGAAAGGAGAGGAAGAAGGGAGCGGAGUGAUGGCUGGUGCCGAAGCAAAGGGGGAGAUACAAGUCUCACGUCGACCAGUCGGAACCAGUAAACCAAAAGAAAGAUCCAGAGAAAGAUCUAGAGAGAGGGGUCACAAGAAAGGACAGACCACCACUUCUGCCCCUACGACCACCACUGCCAGCCCUCUUGAGCCCACUGUGACGUUCACAACCGAUGCCUGUCACAGCGUCAAUGUCUCCAUCUCUGUCUUUUUCUCCGUCAUCGCCAUCACAAUUCCUACUCCAACUGCUGGAUCAGGGGCUUCAUCUCCUCACUCAGAAAACCAGGACAGCUCCACUGACCGCCUAUCAUCGCUCAACUGGGUCCCAGUAGAAAGAGCGACUCUGAAUGGCUCUCUGGAUUCUCCUCCACUACUGUCAGGGCCCUUGGAUGAGGAGGAGCCCGCUUGGUCUCACGCUGUGGGCUCGGGGGCCCUGUUACCUGGCAACAUGGAGGAGGAGAGCAGCAAGGGAGGAUACAACAUCAGUUCUGUAACUGUGGACCCACCAGUUGAGGUGGAGCCCUGCGUGACAAACCCGUGUCUGCACGGAGGAAAAUGCCUUCCUCAGGGAACGGGUUACAGCUGCUACUGCCCACAAGGAUACACUGGGGAGAACUGCGAGAUCGAUGUUGAUGACUGCCAGUCGGAGCCGUGUGAAAAUGGAGGCACUUGCAUCGACAAGAUUGAUUCAUUCCUCUGCCUUUGCCUGCCGAGCUACGGAGGAGACACGUGCGAGAAAGACAUAGAAGGCUGCGAGCAUGGCUGGAGGAAGUUCCACGGCCAUUGCUACAGGUACUUCACCCACAGACACACCUGGGAGGAUGCAGAGAAAGACUGCAGAGAGCACAGUGCCCACCUCAGUAGUGUCAUCUCCGCUACUGAGCAGCAGUUUAUCAAUGGUCUUGGUCAUGACAACGCCUGGAUCGGUCUGAAUGACCGCACAGUGGAGGAGGACUUUCAGUGGACUGACAGCAACGAUCUGGUAUAUGAGAACUGGAGGGAGAGCCAGCCGGAUAACUUCUUUGCAGGCGGCGAGGACUGUGUGGUGACCAUCGCCCAUGAGGAUGGCAAGUGGAACGACGUUCCCUGCAACUACAACCUGCCCUACAUCUGCAAGAAAGGCACAGUGCUGUGUGGGACCCCACCUGCAGUAGAGAACGCCCAUUUGAUAGGUCGGCGGAGGUCACACUAUGACAUCCAUGCAGUGGUGCGCUACCAGUGCUCUGAAGGCUUCUACCAGCGCCACAUCCCCACCGCACGCUGCCGGGCUGACGGGAGCUGGGAGCGACCCAGGAUCAUCUGCACAAAGUCCCGGAGGUCACACCGGUACAGACGCCAUCACCACAAUCAGCACCACGAGCGUCGCAGCCACAGGAGACACGGAGGAGAGGGACAUAAGGCCAGAGAGGACGUGCACAGCUACUACUGAACCAAAUAAUACAACAUUUGCAAUGCCUAGGUGCUAACCAUGGCCUAU